AUGGAAAAAGCGUUUAGUGAGUUAGAAGGAUUUACCGAACAAAAAGAAGAUAUCCGAAGCCUUUUUUUAACUAAAAAAUAUUUUAAAGACCAGAAUAUUAAGUUCCGAGAAAGCGGGAAAAUUUUAUGCUUUGUGGGUCCUGCCGGAGUGGGGAAAACUAAAUUUGCAAAGGUGAUAGCCAAAGCAAUGGGUCGCCCGUUUUUCAAAAUUAAUGUAGCAGGCGAAAGCGACCCCCAAAUUAUUAUUGUGGAAAAAAUGGGAGAAAGCCCAAUUAAAGGCAGUCCUAAGGAUGCUCUUUUACACGUGCUUGACCCCGAACAAAACCAAGAAUUUCGAGACAAAUUUUUAAAUAUAGAAUUGGAUAUUAGCAGAAUUACCUUUAUUCUGACCGCUAACAGUUUAGAUGGUUUAUCCGAACCUCUAAAAAACCGCUUGAAAAUUGUUAAACUAAAAGGUUAUAACGAAAUGGAAAAACUUUCCAUUGGCAAACUAGAAAUCGAAAAUGUUUUUCGAGAAACUUAUGGUAAUGCUAAAAGAGACCUUUUUGAAAUGAACGAUGAUACUCUGCGGGUUUUAAUUGGCAAAGUUAAGGAAGAAGGAGUUCGUCAACUCAAAAAAGAAAUUGAAAAUAUUAUUAGUCAUUUUUUCGGUCAAUUGGCUUUACGACAUGAAAAAGGCGAGCCGGAAAACAAAAUUGUAAUUGACGAAAAUAAAGUCAACCAAAUAGUGUCGGACCCUAAGAAAAAAGACAAAGACGAGGAAAACGAGAAUGCUGAAUCAGAAAGAAGAAUUAGAGAACUAGAAAACGAAAUCCGAGAAUUAAGGGACAAAACCAACUACUCUGGAAAAAACCUAGAUAACAACAAUUCAAAGUCUAAUUCAGUAGGAUUACCCUGA